GGUACAUCUAAUCAAAUAAAAACAGUUUCCAUUCUUGACCCAAAAAUAAACAAAUAUUAUAUUUAUGUUAUCUCUCUUUACUAAUCAGCAAAAAGGAAGUCAUAAUAUAUCUUUGUAGUUCAUCAUCGUCCAACACAAAGGCUAAAAGCUCUAAUCGAUGGGAAGAAUCACAGCUCUAAUCGGAAUGAUCAAAGACAAAGCUUCUCAAGGCAAAGCUGCCCUCGUCUCGUCAAACCCAGCAAGCAAAUCCCUCUCUUUCCAUCUCUCCGUCCUCCGUGCCACCACUCACGACCCUUCGACUCCCCCGGGAAAUCGUCACCUCGAAGUCCUCCUCUCCGCCGGUACUGGCUCCCGAGCCACCGCAGCUUCCGCCGUCGAAGCCGUCAUGGACCGUCUCCACACGACCGGAGACGCCUGCGUCGCUCUCAAGUCACUGAUCAUCGUCCAUCACAUCGUCAAGCACGGUCGCUUCAUCCUCCAAGAUCAGCUCUCUGUUUUUCCAGCUUCCGGUGGUCGGAACUAUCUGAAGCUUUCUGGGUUUAGAGACGAGAAGUCCCCUUUGAUGUGGGAGCUUUCUUCUUGGGUCAGAUGGUACGCUUUGUAUCUUGAGCAUCUAUUAUCAACUUCAAGAAUCAUGGGCUUCUUCGUUUCUUCAACAUCGAGCACGAUCCACAAAGACGAAUACGAAGAAAUGGUUUCGUCUCUUACCAACGCUGAUCUGCUCCGUGAAAUCGACGCGCUCGUCGGGUUACUACAAGAAGUGUGUAAGAUUCCGGAUGUACCCUUCUGUGGAGGCAAAUCUCUCGUGGACAUGAUCAUCCGUUUGGUCGGGGAAGACUACGUGUCUUCGGUCAACGAGCUUUACACGAGACUCAGCGAGUUUAAAGACCGGUCCAACAUUUUGAGCUUUGGAGAUACGAUCGAGCUUGUGUGCGCUUUGAAGAGGCUCGAGAGUUGUAAAGAAAGAUUGUCUGUGAUGUUCCGUGGGAUUGGGAAGAGGGCUUGGAUUGAUGGGUUCUGGAGUUUGGUUCGUGAGGUCAAGGGCACGAUUGGCGGUUUAGAAGAUGGUUAUGAGAAAAUUGAGAAAUCAAUUAUUGGUGUUGGGAGGAGAGGGAAAGGUUAUGAAUCGGCUCGGUUUACUGAUCGGUUAGUCAUUGGUUAUGGUGAUGCUGUUCGGUUUUCUUCCGGUAGAUUUUCUAAUGUUGACCGGUUUAAUUAUCCAGUUUCUAGUCAAACGACUUUGAACGUCUUGUGAUUUUUGCUUUUUGGUCAGAUCAGAUGUUUUGUGAAUUUUGUAAGACAGAUUUCAGUGACAGAAAGCUAAAGUUUUUUUUAAAAGAAAAUUCACAGUAAUG